UGGCAUUGUUGUAAUCAUUGCUCUUUGGUAUUCGUGAUGGGUUGAUCAGCCGACUGUCGGAUGCAGCCCGGAUGUCGGUCUGGCCGGGACCGGUCCCUCCCGUUGCACUUCCUGCUCUGGUCUUGCCACGGCGCUUCCCCCUGCGAAAACCCUGAUAAGGCCUGCCUACGCUCACCGCAUCCUCUCUUCCCCUCUUUCUUCCCCGUCAGCCUCAUCCUUGCUGUGUCACCUCACGCCCUUUCUCUGCCUUCGCCAUUCUUCGUGUCUACUUGUGCUACUCUCGAAUGCACCUGACAGCAGAGCGACAAGGACAAGGACAAGGACUGUCAACACAUACUAACGCUUCGACAGCACUAGUCGCCGAGGAAAGAUAAGUAAAAGCACCGGGAAAGCGACCCACGCAGAAAAGGUCGUUUCUCUUCGAAAAGAAAUUUUCUUGCGUGGUCUCGCGUGGAAAGGAAGUGGUAAGAACUGUUCAAGUUUCAAAAGAACUAUGGUAUCAACGCGACAGACAAGGUCAAUCUCGAACGACGAUGGUUUCCCUGCUCUGCAGCUCUUUCUCUUGGCAAUCUGCCGUGUGGCCGAGCCAAUCGCUCUUACCUCCAUCUUCCCCUACUCAUGGGUAAUGGUCCAAGAGUUUCAUAUCGGCAAUCCCAAUGACGCGUCUUUCUAUGCGGGUAUCCUCAUCGCCGCCUUUUCCCUCGCGGAAGCCAUGACUGGUAUGUUCUGGGGAGCACUGUCUGAUCGCAUCGGACGGAAACCUGUCCUCCUUAUGGGCUGCGCUGGUACUAUACUCUCGCUCCUCAUUGUAGGGUUCUCCACUAAUUACUGGCUCGCUCUGUUUGGCCGAGUCAUUGGUGGCAUGCUGAAUGGAAACGUCGGUGUCAUUCAGACAAUGGUGGGAGAACUCGUGAGGCGUCCAGAGCACGAGCCGCGAGCUUACGCGAUUAUGCCUUUUGUCUGGUCCAUCGGUACAAUCCUUGGACCUGCCGUUGGUGGUCUCCUUGCAAAACCCGCCGAAGGAUUCCCCUCUGUGUUUUCCCCAGAUGGCCUGUUUGGGAAGUAUCCGUUUUUGCUUCCCAAUAUUUUCUGUGCUUCCUUCCUCCUUAUUAGCAUCAUCGGAGGCGCUUUCCUUCUCCUCGAAACCCACCCCGAUCUCCAACCCGAGGCCCAAUCUCUAGACCACCACUCCAACGCUGAGACACCUUUGAUAUCUGCUGCGUCAAACCCUAGUGUGGGAUAUUGCACAGAAUCAUACGGGACCUUUCGCGAUGUCGAUGUACAUUCAGACGAAAGCUGGCGAUCCCAAAUCGAGGGCUCUAAAGAGAGGACAUCCUCUCCACAAAAUGAAAUAGCCUUCACUACCCAGGUGGUCAUGUUUAUAACUGCCCUUGGCAUAUUCACAUAUCACUCGAUGACUUUUGAUCAUCUCCUCCCUAUAUUUUUACAAGACAAGAACAACAUGGAUCUCGCCAAAAGCACCUUGACACAUAUACCCGGCGGGCUAGGCCUAUCAACGCGGACUGUAGGGUUCAUCAUGUCAAUUGAUGGCUUGAUAGCGCUUUUCAUCCAAAGCGUCCUCUUUGCACCAUUGGCCGACUGGCUUGGCGUCCUUCCUCCCCCGAACCUCGUUUUCGCAGGAAUUUACACCUGCUUGAUAAUCCGCAAUCUCCUUUCCAUUAUAGCCUACCCAGUUCUCUUGAUUCUCAUCAAGCAGUCUAGCCCAUCACCAUCUGUAAUGGGCAAAAUCAACGGCCUGGCGGCUUCCGCCGGCGCAGCCUGUCGUACCAUUGCACCUCCAGUCGCAGGGCUUCUGUAUAGCACCGGUACCCAAAUCGGCUGUACAGCGAUUGCCUGGUGGGGUAGCUCCAUCAUUGCCUUGGCCGGAAGCUUCCAGCUCUGGUUCAUCAAGCGCAGAAAGGACACUGUCACUGUCAGAGAUGCCGCUCCGUGUUUGGCUGCUGCUGGGCCCCCUUCUGCCGAGAGCCACCCACGUGAAGUCAUCCACGUAAUUGGCGAACCUGGCCAUCUGCUCUGAUCGCUCUGUUUUUCUGAGCUGUAUAUACUAUACCCUGGAAAUGACCCUUUGUACCGUCUUUCUCCUGGUUCCGUUCCUUUUCGCUUUCCUGUUUGGGUUUCUUUAUCUGGCAAGGCGCAUGGCGAUUGAUGAAAUUAUGAAGUUAUUACUUUGCGGAGGAUACCAUUGUUUUAUUGUUAUUGCUGGAUAAAUAAUGCAUCGUUAGAACAAAUUGUUAUUAGGACAGAGAAUAAAAGUUGAACAUACAUUUAAA